AUUUUUAACCGCGAAAAACAAGAUACCAAAAGCAUGGAUGUAGAUUUUGUUAUUCCGUUGUCUAAAGACGAUUUGUUGAGUGGCGAAGCAGGCUGUUAUGUUGUGGAUGAAGUUCUGUCGGCGCGUGUUCUCCCAAACAAACUUCGAGGUUGAGAAAUAUUGUCUUAUUUUUUGGUUUGCUUUGGUUUUCUAUACGAUCUUUUACCUUUGCUGAUUUGCUUGCAGAUUGUUUAACGGAACUUCGAUCUGGUGGACCAGCUGUUGUUCUAGAAAAUUUUGACUGCUUUUUCAGUCUUUUAAGGUCAGUGUCAUGCUUAGAUUAAACCUAAUGUAUAUUUUAAUUUGUUAAACCGAUCCAAUCGCCCAGGAGUUUGUCUUCUGAAAGGUUAGUUAUCUCGCUCGGGUCCUCGAAAUUCACGCUUUUAAUAAACAAGUUCCUCCGCAGGGCAAGAGCUUCAAACUAAAUAAUUGAAAUGGUUUAUUUGUUUUCGAUAUGUUGGGGCGAUCUGACAGUCUGCUUACUCCGCGUAAUUUAAUUUAGUCUUGGAAUUCAGCUUAGAAAAGAGUCUCUAGAGAGUAAAUUAACAUUAUUACACUCUGAAGGGAUAUAACUUACUUUCCGUUAUUACCGUGUAAAAAAAGACAGCCGAUGCAUCUUGAAGGGUGAAAAUUUUGGGUGGUGAUUUGAAAUGUCUGCUCCAGGAACAGAAUACCGUGGAACCCGCCUUACGGCGACCUCGGUAUUGAUACGGUCACCUCGUUAUUACAGCCACUUUUUCUGGUCGCCCGGAUGAACGGCCAUACAUUUUCUUGUAAAAAACCCUCGUUAAUACGGUCACUCGUGAAUACGGCCAAUUUUUUGUGUCCCAUUGGUGAUUGUAUUAAUGAGGUUCCACUAUCUGUCCAAUGUCUGUGCAUGGUUUCUCUGGAAAGACCUGAAAUCAUUGAUCUAGAUAUAUGUACAUGUACACGUCAGCUCAACACAUAUUCAUAACAGACAUAAUGUGACACUUUUUACUCCUUUAUUGGCAGACAUUUUAAUGAAGUGGAAAGUACACUCAGAGAGGGAACAUGGGACACUCUACUUUACGGUAUAGAAACCAUACAUUCAACCAAGGUUUCUGGAAAACUGCCCACCUACCCCUCCCUUAAGCCAACACUAACACUUACUUCUCAUUUAGGGCAAAAUGUUGGCUUAGGGGACGGGUAGGUGGGCAGUUUACCAGAAACCUAAUUAUGUACAAGCCUUGGCUUUGUUUUAUAUAGUACUUUGGAACAGGAUGGCCUCCAGAGGGCGUUCAGUUCUCUAAUCAGGCCCAUUUCACCUCGUUUUUGGAGGGCAGAGUUGUACAUAAAAUUUAAAGUAGUCAAAGAAAUAUUAUUAAGUAGGCGUCAUGAGAAAAGAUUGAUUUGAAAGACAGAGAGUGAAUUAAUGUGGCACAGCCAGUUAUGGGAGUAGGUUAACUGUAUUGGCAUGGCUGUCACUUAUUAUGGGCAUGACCCUGGGCUAUUUUCAUAGGACAUAAAUUGAAAAUGAGACCAAAAGAACUCCCACGUUGUUUGGCUCCCCACCUACUGCACUGUAAUAAUAUUGCAUGUAAAGACUUUGUCACAGCCCUGAUUGGGGAGGGUUGCUUAACUUCCACUGAGCCAGAGUGAGUCCAAAGGCCUUCCCUGGAAAACUGUUUAUUUUAGGGGCCCAUUUUAAGAGCAUUUCGAGCGUCCAGAGAAAGAUUUUUGCAACAAGAACACCACUUUUAUUACCCAUACUGGCUUUAUUUAUUUAUUUUGUAUUUAUAAUUAUAAACCUUAGAGUUAAGAGUGACAAAUGAGAUAGAAAUAUCACUGUCUGUGAGUAGCUGGUACUUUAGUGACGACUAAUGACAAUUUUUGCUGGUCUGGGGAGCUUACAGAACUGUUACAGAAAACCCUGAAAGUGUCUGGGUUUACAGGGGAGGUCAGGUUUUCAGUGUUGACGUUCAUGUUUAUACUGUGCCUAAUUAAUAAAUAGCCGCAUGUACAUGUCUGAUUGUCUGUUUUGUAUUCUUAUAGUCCUUUCACAGUUCACCAAUAUGCUUCCAUCAGUUUUGGAAGAAGGAGAUAUUGAUUUUCAAGUCAGAAGAACCCACCUAAAUACUCUAAAGGUAAAAAUAGUGAUUUUUUAUGACCAAUCUUUGCAGGAUUAUGUGUAAUCAAUGUUCUUUUUUCAUUAAUUUUUAACAUCGCGUUUACUAUGCCUUGAGAUGGAAACCAAAAUGCAGGGCUGGUUCAAGGCUGUGCUCGAGUUUUGGCCCCUGAUGCCUAACUUUUGCUCCUGGGCAACUAGAAAAUCUUCCUUUUUUCAUGUAAAUCAUAACUGUAUGCUGGACACCAUGGAUUUCACAGGUUUAAGGCAGCUGGCCUCCCUGCUAUGUUUCUUAGAGCACAUUUUUGAGGUCUUCUUUCUAUCAGAAUUCAGUAGAUCAACGCAACAAACGAAUUUCAGGGUUGUCACUAAGAUCUCAAGUUGCCAGGUAAAUACAACAAGUAAGCGGGGAAUUUAAACAGCUAAGGGUUUCUUUUGGUUCUAUUUUCUUCUCUUUUCCUUUAAAAGUAGGUGGGGGCCACAUUGAUGGUAGCCGCAGGAAAUCCCCAGCCCCUGCCUCUUAACGACAGCCCUGGAAUUUUGAUUGAUACUGAUUUACAUAGCCUGUAAGUGUCAGGCAUGACAGAGGGGAAAAAGGCAAAAACACUUUAACUCUCAUUUAUUUUAUAAUUAACAAAGGAGCAGGGCAUUUUAACUUUCUUGAUGUGGUCAAUGUAUUGUUUUUCUAUGGUUGUGGGAAAUUCCUGUGGAUCCUGUUUACAAGUGGUAAUUAGCAAUCAAUAAAGUUCAUGUACAACAUGUAGUGUUGGUUUGAAGCCAGAAGGCAUUUCAUUAGUUGGUGGAAUAUGAUCAUCUGUGUGAGUGAAGUCCUGAAUAGGACUGUUGUUGAUGGUGACUGAUGUUUAGACAUCACAACCUUUGUGGAGUCAACUUUAGAGUCAAAGUGAGACUGAAAAUGACCAUUGCGCAGGUUGUCUAUAUGUCAGUCACUUUCAACAACAGUCCCAUUCUGGACUACAUUCACCCAUAUUAUCAUAUUCCACCUUCUUAACAAUUUAAAAGAAAAAAAGUAAUUAAUGUAAUUUCUUGAAAUGAGUAUUGAAAAUCUCCUAUUUUUUGUAGAUGUUGUGUUAUCUGCUGACACAGCUAGCGGACAGCUUUGAAGUAGAAGCUACCAAGCCCUCAACGGAAGUAAUUAUUGGUGGAAAGGUAUGACUCACAAAACAUUGAGUACAACCUAAAGCAGGUAUCAACAAAUCCUGGAUUGGUCGGGAUUAUAUCAACCCCUGUAUUUCACUAAAAGGUUAGGGAUAGGAUUACAGGGGUUGAACUUGAUCUGAUCCAUUCCGUUACAUGAUUUUGCGAAGGGCCGUCUAAAGCACUGUCAUGUAAAUCAAUGGAGAUGCCCCCACAAAAUGGGCCUCUUGUGUGAAUCAAAAUUUGUACAGCACUCAAAAUUAAUAUGUGACUGUACCCCAUUUUUUUAAAAAAAUUUGAAAAUCUUCAAGUGGAUACAGUAUUAGUCUGUGACUAAAAGAAUUAAAUAGAAAGAGACACACCCUUAAAAGUUUACUUUAAUUUUUGUAGAAAAAAGGCAAGUCAGCCAUGGCUAAGAAAAAGACUUCUAAUUGCUGGGAGUGGGAUGAACAGCGUGAUGUACUGAUUCAAACCCUGGGUCAACUGUUACAACUGGAUGUCAACAGACUGUGGGAGCCUCCCAUUGUGGAGGAAGACUUUGUCAAGUAAGGUUUUUAAAAAUGUUUAAAAUGCUAUACUUAUUAUUAUUGUGUCAGAGACAUGUACAGCUGCAUGUCUAGAUUUGAAUUGCACAGGUAACCCUGUACCUCUUUGGAAGCAAACUUUUUUGAUGUAAAUUGGCCUAUCACAAAAAAAAUGAAAAAGGAAUAGUGGUUGUCCAUUGAAUAAUUAUCAUGCACAAUUGGCUUUUCUGGAAUUAGGAAUCACUGUUCACCAAGGGUUAAAAACCCCUAUAACUGCACUUAAUGGAAAAGAUAAAUACAGUGAAACCCUGUCUUAUGGCCACCUCAGUAAUAUGGUCACCUCGUUAUUACGGCCACUGUUUUUUGGCCGCUUGGAAAAAACCGCCAUAAAUUUAAAGGUAUAUGACAUUUAGUUUCGUCAUAUUUGUUUUUGUUUUUGAUUUUGUUUUGUUUUGUUUUGUUUUGUUUUGUUUUUUGUUUGUUUGUUUGUUUUUUCUUUCCUUUUUAAGAUGUGUACAGUAGGGUUAUAUGUAAGCUUGUGCUUAAUGAUAUUCUUAUGUCCUUUUGUACAUUGUAAAGCGCUUAGAACAGCGAUGUAUAACCGCUAUAUAAAUUCCAUUAUUAUUAUUAUUAUUAUUAUUAUUAAAUUUUCUUGUAAAAAAACCCUCGUUCACAUGGAAAAAACCGCCAUAGAUUUUCUUGUAAAAAAACCCUUGUUAAUAUGGCCAGCCCGUUUAACGGCCAAUUUUUUUUGGCCCAUUGGUAACCAUAUUAACAGGGUUCCACUGUAACCUUAAAUUACCCUACUUAUCACUAAUUUUCACUUCAAAGCCAUAUUGGAACCCUGAAAGGGUUGUCAAGAAAUAAAAACACAAACUCCUAGAUUCUUGAAUUAGCUUAUACUAGUUCAUGAAACAUUAAUGAAGAAUAAUGACUAUAAAAAAAAUUAUAUGAAAGUGAAUAAGUUCCUUGCAGUUAAAUGAACAACAAUUGAAAAAGAACCUAAAAGAAUUCAGGCUUGACUGGAAAUCGAACCCUGACCUUUGCAAUGACACAAUGUAAUGCUCUAUCCAUUGAGCUUUUUAUCAAGCCAUCUGGAGAGCAUGCAGGCCAAUUGGAGUCCUUAAUCCUUUAAGCCCUCCUUGUUAUAUCAAUGCUUUGUAAAACAGAGUGGUCAUGAGAAUUACAGACAUGAUAACACAAGAUGAAUUUGCUUUAUAUUCUAUGAACGUCUCCCCACUACUUCUGUAGGAAAUGAAUUGGAGCAACAGAUGAGAAUUCAUAUUUUAAUCUUAGGGUUUCAGGGUUAAUCUGUCUGAUGGUGGAAAUGAGAUGCAAAUUGAAAUAUUUGAAAUGACUCAUAUUUUGAACUGAACAUAAUGAUAUGAAAGCUAUCCACUUUCAUAUUUUAUCCACAGUUCAAAAUGUUAUGAUUCAUUUCAUAUAAUUAUCUUAAUUCAAUAAUGAUUAUUUUGAGAGAUACUUAACCCUUCCCACUCACUAGUCUACAACAUGUACAUGUACAUGUACGUGUAUGUGUCAUCAGCUCUUGAGCAUCUGCAUUAACCUUUUAAGCCUUAAGAGUGAUCAGCAUCAAAUUUCUCCUUGUAAAAUCAAUGCUUUGUAAAACAGAGUGGUCAUGAGAAUUACAGACUUGAUCACACAAGAUGAAUGUGCUUGAUAUUUUAUCAACUUCUCCUCACUGCUUCUGUAGGAAAUGAAUAGGGGCAACAAAUGAGAAUUCAAAUUUUGAUCUUAGGGUUUAAAGGGUUAAAAGCUGUAACUUUGUGUUCAGAUUAUAUUUAUAUCACACUGCACAGCUGUAUUGUACUUAAACAAAAUGUCAAUAUUAUUUUUUUUAAUUUUUCUUUUUCAGUUUGAUCACUGGUUGUUGCUACAAAUUCCUAGAAAAUCCAGCAUCUAUAAAAAGUGGAACAACAAAGUCCUUGAUUUUCAAUCUACUGGGGGUGAUGGUCAAGAAAUAUAACUAUGGCUUAGGUGAGACCACUUUUUGUUAUUUGCAGCAUGCAAGAUUAAAAAUGAUGUCUUUUACGUUCCAUCAUUCUUUCUUUAUAAGGAUGCAUAAAAAUCAUAGCAAACAGUUAAAUCGUUCUUGCUGAAAAAUGCAAUUCAAAACAUAACCAACACCUGAAAUAGGUUCAUGCCACCUUAAAUCUUAUAAAAGACUUUACUGUUUGACUUUUUUCAAUUUUGCUUUUUGUUAUUAGGUGUAAGUCUGAAGAUUGUUCAGCUCCUGCAGCACUUUGAACAUCUUGUUCAACCACUGGCACAAGCAGUUGAAACAUUUGUCACCGAGUUUUCUGUAAAAAGUAUUGUCUCUGAGGUUUUAAGGUCAGUUUAUUAUUUUAAAUAGCUAUGUUUGUACCAGAUAAAUUGGAAUUAAUUAAUAUUUUGCACCAGUAGUAAAGACAGGGUUCUUCAUUAAAGCUUCAAAGCUCAUCGUGACGCAAGUCUGUCACGACUGCAAUGAUGUCAUUUGAUUGCUAUGACAACUCUGAUGUCGUUGCAACACUGAUCUUGACAUCAUCCUUAUCUAAUACAGCUGUGGUGGUUUUUUUUCCAAAUCUUUAUUAAUGGCACCAUAGUUUUGAAAGCUCGAACUUGGGAGGUACAUGUAUAGUGCCCUAAAAAAACCCGUUAAGUCAUCUCAAGUACAUUUUUUGGAGCAUUUACAUGCCUAUGUGGCCAGCAUCUAUGGAAAUUUUUGUGGAAAACACAAUAAAGUUAUAACAUAACAGAAAAGGGUUAACUCUCACCCAGUAGGUUUGGGCAGGGUGCAAAGAAAGUCAGUUUUACAGCCUGCCAUUCGGGCUAGCUGUAGCUAGCAUGUACUAGCACAAACAUCACUUUAACUAGCCCCAAAAUAAUGCUUUUUGAUGAGUGGGUUUGAAUUCGCAGUUCUUCUGUAAUUUGAAUUCUCAAAAAACUUCACUUGCCCAUCAGGCAAACUAAGAACAAAAUUCACUAGCCCAAUAGCAAAAUGUUCUAGCCCCGGGCUGUCAGACAGUACUUUCUUUGCACGUUGUUUGGGGCACCAAUAUGGUGGUCGUGACAUCAUGUAAAAACACUCUAAGCCUGUCUAUCAAAUGGUUGGGUUAUUAUUCAGUUUUCUUGUGGUUAUUAUAGGGAGAUUGGUAGGAUGGAUCCCAGGGAUCUUGCAAGAGACACCAGUGGAACACGUGCUUAUGCUGACUUCUUAGUAGAGCUUGCUGGUCGGGUCCCAAGUCAGAUCAUUCCUAACAUUAGUGUGCUGUUGUGCCAUUUGGAUGGAGAGGUAUGGUAAUGAAAAUCUUGAAGUGAUGAGAGCCGUUUCAUGACAUCAAAUAAUUAUUAUUAGUGUUUUGGUGUUACACGCUUAACUUAAAAAGAAAAUUAAAAAAAAAAAACAACUCUUGUUAAAGCCCUACUACAGUGUAAUUUUCAUUUUCUUGAAAUGAUUAACAUUAAUUUUUAUAUUCUCAGUUCAAGCCUAGACCCUACAAAAAUAUCCUCACCAGAAAGCUGGGGUCUAUUCAAUAAUUCCCUUUGUUUGUUUGCAGUCGUAUUCCAUGAGAAAUGGUAUCCUUGGUCUCAUGGGAGAGAUUGUUGUCAAGGUGUUAUGUAAAGAAGAUCUGGAUGAUGCUGCUAAGAAACUCAGAGAUCAACUGCUUGACAAAUUGGAGGUUGGUGUUACACAAUAUUGACAAAAAGUAUACAAAGCUCAUUGAGGUCUUUUCAUUAAUGUUAACUUCAAAUUUAUUUUGAAUCCAUCAAAAACACUAUGCACCCUAGACAAUGCUGAUACCAGAAAUGAUAAUAGCAUAAGGCUAUCAUUCUACAUACAGUAUUCAAUAAUGUACGUGUAUGCAAGUGCAUAUUAACAGGGUUUUUAUUAGGCUAAUGUUAGGUAACUCAUGACUAAUUUUUUAUUCAGACGUGGAGCCUCUUUCAAAAUCUUCUCCUGUAACAUUACACCUUUCUCCUACUACUGGGAACCUUAAUGAAAACCCUGUAUUAAUAAUUGACAAAUUGAGAACAAUUUUCUAUGGGUAUACUCUUAUCAACCAUGGAAAUGAUGUCAAAAUUUUCAAAACCUAAGUGGAACCACAAGCCACAGGUGAGUGGUCCCAUUGCAAAGCUGGCUGAUUUCUCAGGCUGGUGACUGCCCUGUCUAUGUAGAGUUCUGAGUUCAUAACAUUUACUAGUUUGCUGGUUUUCCACAGUUACAACAUAUGGAGGGAUUAUUCUGGCCAGCAGUUAUUUAAAACCUGUCAUGCAAAGUUGGUUAUUAAAGUUGUUGGUGUUCUUUUUCUUUUAACUAGGAGCACAUUCAUGAUGUGAAUGCUUAUGUCCGAAGUAAAGCUCUCCACAUUUGGCUGGAGCUUUGCAAAGAAAAGGUUAAAUUACAUUGAAUUUUUUGUAUUCAUUUAUUUAAUUUUCCUUGUCUAAAAAGGAUCAUGAAAAUUAUUUCAAUGCUUUUGGUGGGAGCCAGCAAAUUCUUCAGGGUCACAAUUUAUUUUUACUGUAAUAAAGUGGUAUACAGUGUAUGCAUAACAUUGUACAGUGUAGUAAACGUUUUUUGUUGAUAUAAGGUGGUUUUAAAAGUAAGGAAAGUUCAGUAUUACAUAACUGUGCAGGUUAAUGUAGAUAAAUUUAGAAAGUUUUUAAAAUAACAAGUAGCAUCAUUUUAUGAGCCAUAUUAUUUAUGUUUUGCAGGCUAUACCUCUUUCUCGGCAACCCCAUCUGUUGGAGCUGGUUAUCAGUCGUCUUCAAGAUAAAUCCAGCAUUGUACGCAAGAAUGCUAUCCAGCUGCUGAAGACUUGUCUUAUUUGUAACCCAUUCGGUGCACAGGUCAGUCGAUAACCUUCAAGUGCGACCACCUCUCGUAAGCUACGUGUACCACUUCCUACUUGGAACCACCUAUCCAAAACACCAAAAUUUUCCCAGUCAAAGCUCAUGUUAAUAACCACCUCUCAAAGCCAAAUGUCACCAAUACUUGGCCGGACAUUUCAAAGAUUUUUAUUUUUUUAACCUCUUGUAAGCAACCACGUUAUACCUGGUGUGGUCUCUUUGUUCGCUGUAUGUACAUGGAUUAAACCACUCAUGGUUUAUGAAGAAAUGUUUGUGACUACAUGGAACCCCUGACAUGGAACUACACAUACAGUGUAUGAUUUUAUCCUUUAUGUAAAUGUUAUUUCUAAGUCAGUAACAUACAUUACCAUACCCAGAAACUAAGGAAAAUAAAAUUUCAACCAAGGAUAAAAUUAAACCACAAAAUACAAUGUAUACGUUGCUAUCAUGAAAUCACUUGCAGUAAAGCCAAAACACAGAUCUGUUGGGACCUCAAUUCCAAAAGACCCCGUCUGGCUCAAUUCCUGUAAGUGACCGGCCUUGACUGAAGGAAGACAAAGUAGAGUAAAGUUUCUUGUCCAACGAAACGACACAUUGGCAAGGCUUAAACUUGCACCUCCAGAUCUGAAGUUCAAGAUGCAAAACUACUCAGUUCUCCAACUGCUUAUCCUCAUAAACUUAUUACUACAGGUGAUUUAUUAUCCGUGAUGAUUUUGUUGUCUUUAGCUGCCGCUUGAACACUUACAGCAAAAUCUCUUAAAGGAGACAGAAAAACUGAAGGAAAUGGCUCCACAUCUGAGUGAUCAGGAUGGACAAGGUAAAAUUUGUUUUAAGUAAUUUUUUGCCCCAAAACUAGGCUAGGCCAAUUUAGAAUCAAUAGGUCCUUUCCGAGUUCCAAAAAUUCUCACUUUCAAAACGAGGCCAAGUGCAAAACCUUUCUUCUGAUAAUGAGUCUUAUUUGCACACACAGCCUCGCUUUGAAACAGAGACUUUCAAUGGGAAAAUCGAAAAUGGUCUAUUGAAAUGAUUGGUCAAUUUAAAAAACUUAUACGUCUAAGGCUGUGGUCUGCUGAGGUAAAUUGCAGGGGGCCCAUUAAAGUAGGUUAGCCUGUGCAUCACCAUUCCAUCAUUUCCUAUGAGAGAUUAGUGUAAAGAAAUUGUAACUGAAUAUUGCCGCUUAAAGAGGCUGUGUUGUGGCUAGUUAGUUCAGUUUGUUUAUAAAGCCAAUUACGUGCCCUUAUUCGCUCUAGAACGUGAGAAUUGGACGACAACAUCACAGCUUUGUGUUAAACAAACUAAUGUCUCCCAAGCAUUUAUUCAAUCGUUACCAGCAGCAAAAAUGAACUUUGAAAAACUGUUGGGCGAUAAACAAGUGUUCCAAAAAAAAAAAAACAUGCACAAUUGUAAUCUGCUCCUAUCUUCUUUACCCACCCCCCUCCCUUAUUUUUUGUAUUUGCCGUGUUAUUUACACUUUCUUUCAAUGUUUUGAGCAGUUACUUUGAUGUUUCACCCGAUUUGGUGGCAGUGCCGUCCGUUUGAAUUUUGAUACAUUUGGGUGGAACAGCCCCUUCAAAUAGUUAGUAAUUUCUGUAUUCUACUUUGGUCAGUACCUGUAGUACCUGCAACAGAGAAUGCAAAUGAAAUCUGGGAGGCCAUUAAACCUGAGGUGAAGGCUACGAUCGAGGAGUACUUUGAUCAGGAAGACAUUGUUGAUGAAGAUGAUGGGCCAGUUGAAUUCCAAGGUGAUAUGGACGAUGCUCUGCAGUGGUAAGCGCUCGUAAGAAAGGUUUGAUUGUAGCGACCUAUUGGGAUUAUAUGAACUUUGUCAGCGGUCGCCCAGUAAGUUGGCCGCAGGUUUUAUAACACAUUUCCUGGUAUUUACUCCACCCCAUGGUAAAAUAUUGUGUCAACAAGUCACCAGUUUCUUUGUAAGAAACUAAAAAACAAAAACGGCUAAGUGAUACAUCAAAGGGGAUGCAUGUAUUGGGACGUUUUUCCGAAAGUCGUUGGCAAACCUCAGAAAAAUUCCAGUGCCCACUUUUGCAGAGGAUAAAGUUAAAUACAUAUAUAAAACGAGAUUCCCUGACUCGUCUGUAGACAUAUCGUUUGUCUUUACGCCGUGAUAGUAAGUACAUGUAUAAAACGAGAUUCCCUGACUCGUCUGCAGUCAUAUCGUUUGUCUUUACGCCGUGAUAGUCUUCAACAGCAGAGCUGUUCAGUGAAAGCCUAGAGGCGAAUCGGUAUUUCUAUGUCUGUUCAGUGAAAAAAAGAAGCUAUGUACUGGUGUACGAUUUGUUGUAAAGAUCUUAACCAAUAUUAUUAUUUUGAACAGUAUUUGUCACUGCCGCAUCGCAUCAAGCUUUUCUAGCUUUGAAAACAUCAAUAUUAGUCAUGAGUUUCUCCUCUCCUCCCCAUGUGCGAUCACCUCUCGUAAGCGACCACCUCCAAUAGUCGACUACUCAUCCAAAACACCAAAACUUUCCCAGUCAGAGCCUUAUAGUUGGAACCUCUAGUAAACUACCACCUCCUGUAAACGUCCGUGACCACUUUUUGGGCCUAGCGACCACUUGACGCAUUCUCUGAUCUCUAUGUUCGCUGUGUGCACUGUGCUACUUUGAAUAUACGAAGAAUUUUAGUAACAACAUGGAACUACACAUGGCGUAACUUAGAAAUUGCAUGCAAUAAAUUACUCUCCGUAAGGUAGAUGUGGAAGAGGUCCCGUCUGGUUCGAUUCUUGUAAACGACCACUAAGUCUGUGCAUUUUGGGUGGUCGCCCUCUUUAGUUUCGACUGCAUUUUUCUAAGUCUAUUGAUUUCUUUUAAUUGCCAUCAUUGUUAAUCAAUAUAACCAAUAUGAAAAUAUGGUGGAGGAAAGUGUUUAAAGAUUGAUUUUAAUCACGAUUUCACUAGAAUUUCAAGUAUACAAUCACGAGGUACACGCAACGCAAUAGUCUCUAACUAUUCACUAACAUACUGAAAUGUCAAUCUGUAUGUUGUUACUUGAGAACACGCAACGGUAUAUAUAUUGUCACAGAAAGAUAACCAAUGAAAGAGUCUUGAUGUUUUUCUUCAGUGCAUUGAAGCAGAUCAGGAAUGAUUUGAACAAUGGUCAUCACAAAAGAGCUCUUGCUGUACUGAAGGCCGCCAUGAUAACGUGGCCGGACUGUGACAUAUUUGCUACUACUGAGUUGAUUACUGAGCAGGAGGAUGAACAAAGGUACUUUGACCGGCUCUCUCAAGUUUUAACGUUUUAAAGCUGUGGCAUUUAUAAAUUUUACAACUUACAUUGUAAAUCAUUGAACGGUUUCGCCUGUUUUUUCGUUUUCAUUAGUAAUGAAGCGGAAAAUGCCAGUUUGCCGAAGUCCGUGGAAGACCAGUUGUCAAUCAUGAAGGCAAUAUUCCUUGGUUAGUAUGUUUUACAUUUUGUUCUAAACAUACACUUUUCUUUGGUUAGUUGUUAGUUUUGUUUGAUUCAAAAUGUGGAAAGAAAAAAGAAUUCAUUAUUACAUCAGAGCCCAGGAGUCUAUCGCUGAAUCUUCCAGCGAUCUUGAUCAGUCUGAUCAGGUGACAAGUCACGUGAGUCUCAACAGGGCUCUAGCAAGGCCAAAGCUCAGAAUUUUCACUCCAGUGUGAUGACUAAAAUUUAUAAUUUCUUAAGGUUAUUGUUUCCUACACAACUUGACUACAGUACAUCGUCAGAAUAACGUAUUCCUGCUUCAUUGUUAGGAGUUUAAAUCUAAAUCCACUUCCCCGGCCCUGUCAUCGCUCUCCAUUCCUCCCCUUCCAUUGACUUUUCGUAAAGUAGUGAUUCACUCUUCGAAAACAGAACUCGCGAGGGAGGAGGAAAGACGCAGUCAUGUUCUACUCGCGUGAUUCCUUCUUCCCACGCGCGUCUUUCUCCUCGAAGCAAUAUUGUCGGACGUGUGGUAAGCGCGUCAGACUGCCCACAGAAACUGGUCUUAACUUACUUCUUUUUCCUUAGCUUCUGAAGGCGAAACGGAAACCACAGCUGCCGAAGGUGCAGACAUUGAUCCUCAUGAACUGGUUCAAGUGUCCACAGAACAUGAAAAGCAGGACUCCUCAACAAACCAACCAGUCAAUGGACUAGUGAACGAUAUCACUAAACAACAAAUGAUUGUUCAGUUUUUGAAGGUGAGAAAGUUUGGUUUAUUAUCUUUAAUCUCCUGCUUUAAUUUUAUGGUAAUUUCACUUUCCAACUGAAGCCUUUUGUUGAGAACAGACCAGUCAGAGAUUAAGGAGUUUUUUCUGCUUAAGAGCUGAAACAGAGCUUUAGCCAUAGCGGAAUUCUUCAACCUUCACGCUAAACAUUCCCGCUUGCAUUUGGCCCCUUGUCUGUCGCGCUUGACUUGCCUGUUCAGAUGGUGAGGGAGCAGUGUCAAUCCCUCUCGUUUUUUCUCGCAAUUUUUUUUCCGUCUCGAGUUUAAAAACACAGAGAGGGCAAAAAAAUAGAAAUGGAAGAACAAAGAGCGCUCUAGACCGCACUUAGUUGACAAUUGAGUCAACCGCAAGACCUUGAGCACUCUAGUCACAGUCACUAACGUAGCAGAUAAACGUAAAGCAACGUGAACAAGAGUGAAUACUGACGGAUAAAUGUCUUCUUUUGUUUUGACUAGAAGUAAGGUCCUGUGUGGAUUGAUUUUUUAAACUCGGUUUUCUUUUUAAAUCAUGACACUCUACAUCGCUUGGACGCGAUUGAACCUUUAAUGCGCCUGGUAACUUUGAGUAACCUGUUUCUUUUUACUUUAUAGGAUUAUGUGCAUUUUCAAACUCAGAUGGAGAAAGCGUUCACUACUUUGUGCCAGUUGCUUGGUUCUAAAAGCAUCUCCGACGUGAAUGAGUCUAUUGAGUUCUUUGUUGUGGCUUCUGAAUUUGGACUCCAGUCAGCUAUUGUGGGCGUGCGGAGGAUGCUGGUGUUGAUCUGGUCACGUGACUCUGCCGUCAGAGAUGCAGUAGUGGAGGCAUACAAAGGGCUUUAUUUAGACCCAGAGGCACCAAAUGCUAGGUACAUGUAUGAGGACUGUUUAGUCAUAAAAGGGAUCAGGGAAAUGAAACGAGUUAAACUCCAGGCGUUGUGCGGAAUAUUCAUUGUCGUUUUUGUUUUCAUGUACUUUUCCUUUGAAGCCUACAAUAUGUUUUAUUCUUUUGUAACACGUUUCAGGUCGAAAACAGCACUGAUCGUAAAAAACCUGAUUGCUCUUACACAAGGGGCCUCUAUAGGAGACUUAACUUCUCUGGAAGAGUUGGUAGGUUGUUGUGUUUGUUUACAUUCUUUUCCGUGUUUAAUAUGCGACGAAAUGCAGAGACUAUCAGUAACGAAGGGACUGUUUUUAAUGUACGUGGUCCUUUUCUCCAAAUGCUUUAAGAGGGUCAACUGUAAUUUAAGUGGCAAGUCAAAUGCAUUUGUUAAAAUGUGUAAAGUGCAUUUUAGUUUUGGUUUUGUAACUUUCCAAUUACUCUCAAACUUUUAUAAAGCCCACAUCUAUUAAGCGGUUACUUUCUAAAGUCCUGGAAAUAGUUUCACUAACUAGAGGUCCCUUCAUUUUUCGCUAUAUAGGGAGUUGACUGUAACUUCAACGUGUUCUCUGUGUUUCCUCUUCAGAUAAGCGAGCUGAUGAAAGGAAAAUUGAUCCCCGGCCCUGUUAUAAAGCUCUUAUGGGAGAAAUUUACAAUGAAGGUAAAACCUCCGCUCGAUUUGAUUUUUAAAGCACGAGCGUUGAUUGGAUUAUUAUGUAGGUAUUGAGUGCUUUUCAUUGGAUGAAGCGAAUUUUCAACCAAUCAGAAUUGCUACCUAGAUCUGUAUAGUGACGCGUCUUCAGUGUAGAAUUUCUGGGCUCGUUUUUCUGAUGUUAUUUCGCGAGAAAACCGGUGGUGGCUGUUUUCUCAGACUACAAGCAAAGAAAAUGUUAAAUUUGGUAAUCGCUUAAUUCAAUUCAAUUCAAUUCAAUCAAAUUUAUUUAAACACGGUAAAUGGCUCAGCAAGCUGGUUUUCAGACAUGCCGUGUAAAAAUUACGAGCUAUCAGUAUUAAAACUAGUGAUUAACUAACAAUAAUUUAGCACUAGGAUUUGCUAUUUUGUAUCUGUUCCUAUCGACUCUUAUAAACGUACCUAUGUAGUUUUAUGUCAGCAAGAUUUAUUUAGAAACAAUAUAAAAAGAAGAAAUAAGUCAUAAAUAAAAAUAAGAUAAAAAGCUGUACCUUAGGAUGUCGCAAGUUUAAAACUAGUAAGAUCUUCCAUCCCACGUGUUUGAUUUGACAGUUGAUUCCAAGCCAUUGUACCCCGAUAAGAAAAUGAGCGCUUAAGAGCGCUUAGUAUUCCAUCCUGGGGUUGCUGCCCCGCCCCUGUCAACAUGUAGUUUUUUAUUUUAUUAUAUAAACACCGAUGAAAUACCAGGUGAACUUUCGUGCGAAAACAUGUUAUCUUCACACGUGAAAAUAACAUGUUAUUUUCACAUGUGAGAAUAUCACCUUGCUAUGACUACAUAAUAAAUCGUGCCUUUUGCAGGAUAAAACUGUUUCAGUGAAAUGGUUUGGUAUUUCAUUGGUGUUUAUAUAAUAAAUAGAACAUUACAUGGCCGCUUGGAGAUACGAAAUUUCUCUUCGAGUGUUGAAAAAUAUUUCACGAGUGAGCGCAGCGAACCAGCAAUAUAUUACCUGGGCCUUCCCCACUCUUUGUCUCACUCAGAAAAGAAAUACUUCAGUCCCUGGCGAACUGUUCCUUGUUUAAUUUCAGGCUGCCCAGACCACUCAAGAAGAGAGCAGAGCUGCGCUGGUGCUUUUGGGAAUGUUGGCAGGGUAAGGCUUGAAAAGGUUCUUGUAUUAAAAAAGUGUUUGGUUUGUCUGUAUGAGUAGACGCAGUAUUCAAGGAGAGGUAAAGCUGAACCCCCUGCAAAAUACCCAAGCUCAUAUUUGAUAAGUCUCCUUCAAAGCCGCUGGGGCCGGAGUCACGCAAUGCGGAGACUAUCAUUUGAUAGAUACUGACAGUACUCGCCAGAUUUUUCAUGACAUUCCUUCGGUUUCAAUUCUCAACCGACUCACUCUCUUUUUUCUUGUGUGUGCUAGCUGCUUCUGUAUAUGUUUCCAAAGCUAGGUCCCGCACUGUUUUGCCAAUGGAUUAUGUAAAUGAAAAUUGCAGAGGGAGUAACGUGACAAGUGUUUCGACAAACGUGUCGAGCAUUGUAAUGAUAGUUUGACACACAGUAGUGCUGCAUAAAAACACUAUUAUUUUGCUAUGUGUGUUUCAGAGCAGAGGCGGACAUUGUUCGCAGUAAUAUUGACGUGUUGGUGUCCACGGGACUGGGACCGAGAGCUGAAGACGACUUUCUUUUAGCACGUGUCACGUGCGUAGCUUUGUUGAAACUUGCUAAAACCCAUAAGGUAAAAGAAUGUUCUGAUUACGUUUACGUAAGCACGCGCUAAUUGUCUCUAUAUUUCCAGUGCGCACAUAUUAUGUAGCAUUCAAGAUACUACUUAGGGCCUGUUUACAUGGAGGUGGCCGGCCCCAGGUAGGUGAGGUAACCCGUCUGUCCGUAUAAUCUCUCAUUUCAAUUUGAUCACGUUGAAGUGAUAGGUGGGGUGACCCGCCACAUGUUACCUCACCUACCUGGGGUCCCCCCUCCAUGUAAACAGGUCCUAAAACAGCUUUGCCUUCAUAUGGCGUCACGUCUGCCAUAUUGGUUGGUGUUUCAAAACAAUGAAACGGUAGUUUCUUGGUGCUGCAGAUAGAUCACCAACUAACGUAAUACAACAGGCUGAAAAGACACUGAAAAAUACCCACACCACAACACAAAAGUGAACCAACAAUGAUUUCCACAACACAUCGACAAGGAACACCCAAAGAAACGGCAGCCUUGUUGGUGUUCCAAACUAUUCCUGCAGUAGUUGAACCUUUUUUGUGAUGUGAAAACUUUCUUUUGUUUAAAUAAAUUUACAUAGCUGCUUGGCGGCCUUAUUUUGCAAGCGAAGGCGAGUGUGCUCCUCGCAUCUUCCGUACUCCCUAUUUCCUUGAUCUGUAUUGACGGAUCAAUUACUGCUUCCUUGUAAAACUGUAGUGUUUCACCUGAACCAUUGUCUCUAGGGUCCCGUUUAUCUUUUGUUAUUUAGAAGCCUGGUUUAAGCGCCGAGGAGCCAUUCAGACUCGCUUCUAGCCAUGCAGUAUUUGAGCGACUGACGGAGAUUGUCGUUUCAGGUGAGGAACAAAAUAGCUUUCAUUGUAUUAAAAUUACACAGAAAAACAAAGCGCUGUAAUAUUUUAACCAUUCUAGUUAAACCUUCUUUGCGGCUCCUUUUCGGCUUCUACACGGGGAACCCAAACAAGUGAUUCUUGUACAGAAAACCCAGAGUAAAUCAUUCUCAGAAUUACGUAAAUAGCACAGCGCACAAAUGACGUCAGAGUGACUAAUCUGCAAUGUUUGUCUGACUUUUAAUGACAAAAAGCAAACGGAAGUGAUGAAAUCGCUUAUUUUAACUUCAUUUUGGUAUUCUGAGUUUCAAAGAUGUGUUGCCUCUUUGUAAUUGUGUAAAUACUUUUUAUAAAUAUAUGGACUGUACAGUUAAUUUGUUGUUGGUUUAGUUUUGUUAAGUCACAUCUUCGCGAACAGAUGGUCCUUCUUCACUGGACGGGCCUAAAGAUAAGUGUUAUUUCCGUAUAUGUUAGGUGUUCGUAAGCUGGAUAAACCGGACUGGACUCCUAUGAUGGAACAAGCACUGAAUGUGAUUUACUUUCUGGCGGAACAUCCGGAGACAAUCGCUGAGAGCAUCAUUAAGAAAAUAGCAGCUUGCUUGCUGGACAAAUCUGAAAACUCGGUGGACGCUGAGGAGGAAACAACAUCAGAGAAGGGAGAGAAUGGUAAAAAAUGAAACGUUUUGUACAUAGAUAUUACCUCGGCUGUUAAAUAUAAACUUUGAGGGGAAAAUUCCGUCAAGUGACAGAGCCUUAAAACAGCGACCUAAGACAGACGAAAUGGGGGCAAAAGGCACUAAAAUGGGUUGAAGCUGGGACGGCGACAAAGACAGGCGCAAAUGUAAUGGUGAACUCAACCGACAGGGGCAACAUGGCUUCCUCUUCAAUAGGCGAAAUGAUGGGUUUUGCAAUAGACUUUUCAACGGUUUUCUUCUAAAGUUUUGACAUGGACAACUUAGGGAAAAUCCUCAGCUCAAAAGAGCGUUCGGUGUAUAAAAAUUCUAGCAUGACUCGGAGGCUUUAGGGACGAAAUUGCAAAAUUUUCACGACUUCAUUGUCUCGCAAUUCCCAGAAGAGACUUGAGCACAAAAAAGAGUUAAAGAGGUGAAUUAUGGGCACAAUGUGAAAAUAGCGAGUAUAGGAAAUAGUCACUUUUGAUGUCAACAGAAGUCUCCAUGCUUUGUUUUGCUUCCUUUUAAGUUUCUAACGACGAUACCAUGGACAACGAUGGCCGUUCAAGUAAUCCUCUGACAACUUGUCAUGCCGGUGUUUUAGCUCGGUUUCUUAGCUUGUCCGGUCACGUGGCCUUACGUCAUAUGGUUCACUUGGACGUGGGGAUACUGGGUGAAAUCAAACGUCGGCAGGUGAUUGAGGAGAAUGAAAAAGAGAAAGAGAAACAAGCUAACAAACGAAAAGGACCGCACAACGAAUCGAACACUAAUGCAACGAAGGUAAAAAUUGAUUUCAGUGGCUGGCAUCUGUAGUAAUAACCAUAAACAGAAGGCUCCUGCUUUAAAACGUUCCUACAGGUGAUGCAAGUUAUUUCUCUAAAAUUAUCUAUUUCCCGGGACUUCAAAGUUCACCUCUAUAUAUUUCAAGUGUUAUUUCCACAAGGUGCAAAUACGAUUUCCCUGGUGCAGUCUUUUUCCCUGGGUUAUUUUUGCCAGGCAUGCUCAGUCCAUUAGGGGGAGAACUGUGGUUUUUAUUCCUAAGGCCGAGAUUCUAUUAUGGGGUUGAAAUACAGCUUAGUGUUCUAAGCGGCUUUCUUCCUCAAUGGAUUCACAGUAGUAACUUUAACCUCGGCUUAAUUAAGAUCAGAGGUAUUGGUGAGUGUCUGAUAAAAUAUUAGUUUUGCAUCUGAUUCCGUGACAACCACAGUGUGAAAAAUAUUGAUGGUUAAAUUGUCCGUUUUAUCUUUUGAAUUUUUACUUCUAAAACGGAUAAAAAAAUGUUGAAGACUCCCCCCUGCCCCCCAAAAAAGAGGAGGGGGGUAGAAAGAAAGAAAGAAAGAAAGAAAUAGAAAUACUCAGCUAAUUUCUCAGUGGUUUGGAAAUAUUUCCCUCAAAUGCUUUUGGUAACUGCAAUCCACUAUUAUACCAGUUUAAAACCUUUCACUGACAAAGUCAUUUUUAAAACGCUAAUUUAGGACCCAGGCGCCUCUGAGACGAUCGAGGAGGAACUGGGGCUUACUGGAGCAACAGCCGAUGAUGUGGAGACAGAAUACAUCAGAAAGAUAUGCGAACACGACAUUGUUACUGGUAUGUACGAUUCUUGAUUUCUAGACAACCGCAAAUGCAGCCAGUCAAACCUGUUUAAGUCUUUAAGCCCCAAGAUCCAAAUACAAAUUCUCCAGACUGAUAUUCAUAGAUUUCCUUUAAAGAAUUACUUGAAAGAAUUUGAUGACAGGUGAAAGCAUUUUCUCUUUGGUGAACAUUUUAAUAUUCUCCUUACCUAGCCUUUUUCUCGACAUUGUAUCGAUAUUGUUUGAGGAAAAUUGAUGUUGGUCACUAUUAGCGAACAUGACGCAUUUGUUUUUUCAGCAAACUUCAUGAAACCUCACGUGAUGAUAGAACUCGUAUAAAACUGCUUGCAAUUUCUUUGGAUUCCACAGGUGGUACUUUGUUAGCUAGCCUGCGCCCGCUGUUAGUAUGUGUCUGCAGUAAUCCUGUGAAGUACAGUGAUCCUAACUUACGAGCUUCAGCAUCACUGGCUCUGGCAAAGUUCAUGUUGGUCAGGUACGUUACAGUCCUCCACCCUCCCCCCCCCGGGAGAGGCACUCAAGGGUACUUUGGGUAGAGAUGUGCUACCGAGGCCUUCAAAACCUGAUCCUUUUCAAGACAAAAAUGGUUUAUUUCGCUACCCUGUUUAAGACAAAAAUGCUUCAUUUCGCAACCCUGUUUAAGACAAGAGACAUCAUUUCACGACCCUGAUUCAUUUCGUUUUGCUUACAGAAUUAAGAAAUUUUUUGAAACCCAUAUCAUUGCAUUAGAUUUUUGGAAAAAAAGUGUUGAUACCACUCAUGAAACUAGAGGGCUUAUCCCAAAUCUUUACGCUCCUUUUGAGGCUUCCGGUCCAAAAAGACAUCCUGCUCAAGACGCUAAAAUAAAAUGGUGAAAUCGUGUACCCUGUUUAAGGCUAAAACUGUUUUUUUACUUUUGUACUAAUUCUCUAGUUACACCAAAAGGAUUACCUUGAGAAGUUCGUAAAAUAGACAAGAGUUUCAUUAAAAAGGACAAGAAUGCCAAAACGUGCUGUGUACAUUGUAAUUAGCGCUUCAGUCCGAUCUAGCGCAGAUUUUGCCGUCCAUAGAAAUGAACAGUGCAACUUCUUUAUGGCCAUUUUUCUUCUUAGAACAUUACGUUUAUCUGCAUUCGCCUUUGUUAACAGUGUCUUUGGCCGGUGUGGAAAGGUUCCACUGGAUAGAAGUUGCUGAGUAUUGCGUCUUUUUGCUCCAGUUUCACUGUGUGUUAGAAGGUGAAUUCCUAUUAAAAUUGUUUUCUUCACUGACUUUUUCGUUUAUAGUUCUGAGUUUUGCGAAGCACAUCUACAACUUCUAUUCACGAUCCUUGAAAAGGCUCCUCAAGCGACAAUCAGAGCGAACACGAUCGUAGCAGUUGGCGACCUGACGUUCAGAUUUCCAAACCUCAUUGAGCCGUGGACCUCUCAUUUAUAUGCCAGGUUUGUAAAUGGAGAAUUACUCACUUACAAAGUUUUAAAACGUGUUCUUGGGCGUGUCUAAAGAAAGCCACGGAAGUCUGUGGGAGUCAAAUGGACAAUCCAUUUCCCUCCCUCCCAGCCCUUUCUUCCCGUUCUUACAACAAGCUUGUCGCUGCACAAAUACUAAUCUCAUCAAGGACAUAAUCGGUCAUUUUAUAUCGUUCCAAAGAAUGUAGUUAUGGUCCAACUAAAUCUUGACAAAAGUUAACUGAAAGAAGUCCAGGUCUCACACUGUGUAACGUUCCCUUUAUAACAGUAUUUUUUCAUUUUCGUACCGCAUUUCGAUUUGUGCAUUCUCUCUAUCAUUAUCAGUGAACCAAACUUGCAGUGUGUUAUGCCUUCGAUCCGAUAUUACUUCUGAUUGGUUCAGUGAAUCAAAUUUCACACGCGGCACGACCAAUCAGAAGCCAUGCCCAGAUCUAGGUAGUGACAAGUUAUCAGUAUGGAAUUUAUGCACUCGUUUCUCAGACGUGUUUUCGCGGGGAAACCGUUGGUGACGUCGUAAAAUAUCAGCUGUUCUCUCAGGCUACCUUCGCUUCACAAAUUGAAAUACUGACAGCAGUGUGUAUGUUAUUUGACAGAUUGCGUGACGAGUCAGGUCACGUACGUAAGAACACGCUAAUGGUGCUCACGCAUCUGAUUCUGAAUGACAUGGUCAAGGUCAAAGGUCAGAUAAGUGAGAUGGCCACGUGUUUGGAAGACAAGGACAACAGAAUAUCUGAUCUGGCCAAACUGUUCUUUCUGGAAUUAUCCAAGAAGGUAAGAAUCGAAAAACAAAAUCGCGAAAAUAUCAGGAACGUGCGCUGCGUUUUCUUAGGCUCGCUUACCAGGGAGCCCGCUAAAAUGCAAUUGUUUUUUUUUUCUGUUAAUUGUUGCUCAUGGAGACUACGUUCUGUUUGUUUAUUUUAUUCUCUAACUCGACUGACAGAAGUCUCCCAUUUUCUCAAGUACUGGAUUUAGUGGCGAGGAAGGGUUGUAUCAAGACAAGGUCAACUUCAGCGUCGUUUACAUCCGUAACUGUAAAAUGGACUAUUGGUCCGGCCCCGGUAAUUAGACCCACGACCUCCUGCUCAGCAGUCAAGCGCUCUAUCGACUGAGCUAAUCCUGUCGUCACUCGCGGCUUAGUCGUGUAGUUUCUUUUCCUAGAUCUAAGCUAAAUUAUUUUUUAUUAUAACGUUAGGGCAACGCAAUCUACAACAUUCUUCCAGAUGUGAUAAGCCGCUUGUCGGAUCCUGAUUGUGGAAUUGAAGAAGAACCUUUCAGGAAUAUCAUGAGGUCUAGCUCCAGUUUAUUGCCUUGUUGUACCAUUAACCGGACCUAUUUGUAAGAAGGACCAUCGCGCAAAUCCAAGAUAAGCGACCGUUUAGGGCUCGUAUGCUCUACCAUCAGAUAACCCAGAAUUAAAGCUGUGACGAUUCAUGACUGAGAAACAACUAGGCUUUGAACUUAUUGAACGUUAUUGUCCUGUUUUAAUUUACUAAACUGAAAUUCACGCCCUAUAUUCAGUUUUUUUAAAAAAUGAAUAAAUGUUUUUGUUUUUAGCGUGCAAAGAAAGUCUGAUGUCCGAUAGCUUGGGGCUAUUGGAUUUUGCUGUUGGGCUAGUUGAAUUCUGUUCUUAACUUGAGUGAAGUUUUCUGGGAUAUUCAAAUUACGGAAGUAACUACUGUAAGGCAAAUUGUUUAAAAUCAAUCCCUGAUAAAAUCAUUUCCAUCAAAAGCUGUUUUUUCACUGCAAAUGAUCUGACAAAGGGAAAUUAUCACACUCAUUAUUAUACUGAAUUGAUAAAUUAACGAAUGAUGUAAUUAACAAAUUAUAUUGAUCAAUUAAUUAUUCAACCUGCUCGUCACAAAAUUUUCUUCGGGUUAGUUAAAACGACUUCUCGGGCUAGCUACAGCUUGCUCGACGGUUAAUUUGUGAAACUGACUUUCUUUGCACCCUGGUUUUGUAAGUUUUUGAUGUUAUUUUACUUGUAUACCGGGUUGUAAACGAAGGUAUAAGAAAGAAAUAAGUGAUAAUUUUAUUGUGAGACCCUGUAGUAAACAGCAAAAGAAACAAAUUCGUUUCUUUCUUGGGAUGGCUUUCUGAGUAUUGCUUAUCUUCACCAUCCAUAUUAAUACUCUUGCCUAUUUCUUGUCAUUAUUGUUUCCAGGUACCUUUUGUCAUUUAUCCAGAAAGAUCGUCAAUCUGAGAGUCUUGUAGAGAAGCUGUGCCAUAGAUUCCGAGCCACAAAGUAAGUUUACACAUAAAAGGUGGAUAACGCUGGAUAGUGAUUUUUAAGAAAUGGUAAACGUGCAGCGUGCAACCAUGGAGUUAUGGAUGCACGCGGGAGGUUGCUAAGCACGAAAGAAGCGUAAGAGUCGCACGAGGCGAUAGCCGAGUGCGACUCUAGCUUCUUGAGUGCUUAGCAAACCUCUCAAGAGCAUCCAUAACUUCAUGGUUGCACAGCUGCAACGUUUACCAUUUCCUUUAUAACAUAAUCAAAAGAGAAAAACAUUAUUUUCCAUUUGCCUUCUGGUGAGUCAUCGGUACGAGUUCAUGUAUGCUGCCAUCUGCCCGCGCGUAAACAAAUCAUGUUCUGUUUUUCAAAAACUCGUCUGUGAGUUUUGCAUUCCCUGAAUCAACCGUUCUCCGUCUUCAGGUAAAUUGCAAAACGUUUUUCGUUGUUAUUCUGAAUGGCAUCUGUCUACUUUCGCUUAUUAUUAGGGUAAAAACUUUGAGGGAAAACUAUAGCUGCAACUAUAAACACCAACUAAAAAGACUAAAAAAUAAGCUAUAAACUAAAUAAAUGAAAUAACUAUCAAGCUUAUUUAUGUGACAAUUUUUGAAAUAAACGUCAAGUAGAAAUGAGAAAAUUUGACUGUAAUUCCUUAAGAAUAACAGUUAACACUAAUUUUAAAAAGAAAUUAACUAGCUUUGUAUCGAAAUCUGUCAAGGGAAAUCUAGCUACGAAAGUCAAAGUUGCAACUGAAAUUCGCCGACACACAGCCGGCGCUGAAGCUGUUGUUUUUCGACCGUUCUCUGAACGACUGUUAUGAAUGAACACUGAGAAACAAAAUAAUACACACAAGAUAUUUUUUGAAAAAUUUAUUUGAAAACCCAAAUGUUUCUGUAUACAAAUAAAUUCGCUUAUUUCAGCGUAUAUGUGCCCGUUUAAACUCAUCUAAAAUUUUUAAUCGAUGCGAUGAAAACUUCACAACAAAGCUGUCUCGAAUUUGAGCGUGUUUCCUAAAACAUUUGCUUGAAUUUAGCAUCAGCUUGACCAAAAAGUUUAUAACACAAUGCUAAUUGAUAAAUUUACAUUUCAAACAGACCUCUUCUAUAAAAAAACACACAAAAUGUACCUUAAAUCUUCGCUCGCUCGAUUUUCCUUCAGCCGAUGCUAGCCGCGAGGAAAACAGUGAUUAAUUCAUCCAGGGCAAAUUUGUCGCUUGAUCUUUUGUCUUUUUUCCUUCAAAACGACAGCUUAGUAUUUUCUUCAACUUCCACUUUUCAUUUGUGCAUUUCAUCGGUGUAUUUUACCGUCAGGAGAGGGGAUUUGUUGAAUUUGCCUAAAUUUUACCGCUCUAGCUCAGUUUCUUGUCGUGCACCCACGGGCAAAUGGUAGUGGCUAACUGACCAAUCAGAGCGCGCGAUUUACUUUUGUUAUGUUAUAAAUCCGGUUGGUUGCACUAUCCAAGUUUUGAACAACUGGGGCCACCUCCUUUGCAGCUUAAUUGGGUUUUCGAAAUUCCUCUGUUUCAUGUAAACAUAAAAUACACAAAAAGCGUUCUUUCCGCGCUCAAUUCAAUAUGUUUUCCUUCCCAGGCUAUUCUCGGAUGUUCAAACUACCCAGUUCGCGAUACUCCCGUUGUCACAGUGAUAUGGGCAUCCCCCUAACCCUAACCCUAACUCAAAUCGCUAAGAUAAUAUGAGAAGGAGAUGCCCAUAUCACUGAAACACCGCCUUGUCUCACCAUUUUAACUUGUUAAUAUGUCAUGUAUAAUUAUAGCUAUGACGUCAACCUUUUUUAACCUUUGUUUUUACCCGUUUACUUUUUGAAAUCUGACUUGUUCUUGUUUGUUCUUCAUUUCAGUGUGAAUACGAGGCCAAAAAUAAGAAAACAACAAAAAUUUAAAAAACAAAACAAAACAAAACAAAAAGGUUAGAUUCUUCUUGAAGUGAGUUUUUUCUCACAGCGUACCUAUUCUCUUGUGUUCAUUUAGAACUGAGCGUCAAUGGCGUGACUUGGCAUUCUGCUUGUCCAUGCUGUCGUAUAAUGAGCGAGGAAUCCGAAAGCUACAGGAGAACUUUGCGUGCUUCCACGAUAAGUUAGCUGAGGAAGAUGUUUACCAAUCAUUCCUGGCCAUUGUAGGGAAGAGCAAAAAAUUCGCUAAGCCAGAAGUCAAGGUAGACCUAGGUUUUGUUGUUAUGAAAAUACAGCUGUUCACACUCCUCUACGAUUGUUCAGAUCGAUAGCCUACUAUUACGGGCGGCUAUUGUUGUUUUAAAUGUUCAGGGAAAGCAAACAUAUACAUAGCAAUGAUAAGGAUAAUUUUUGCUAUUACACUUUGUAUUUCCUAUCUCUCCUCUCAUUUGCUAAGAGCUUGCGGUCAAUUUUGGAAAUCAGCACAACUUACAGAUGAGUUAGUUGUCUGCUAACAGGUAACUAACUAAUCUGUAGGUUGGGCGUGCGAUGUAUGAUUUUCAAGAGCAAUGUCAAACUCUGUUCCGUGCAACGGUGUGUUUGUCGUUUUAUGCUAAACAAUAGGGACCUUAAGCAACGACGACGCACGACGGCAGUGAAAACAUCAUUUAAAAAAAAUGAAUUUGCGUCCUUUUAAACUUUAUCGCGUCUGUUUGGAACCGCUCAAUUCGUCAAAUGUAGGCGACGUUUCCUGGAGUUGAAUUCUUAAGGGCUUUAUCCAUGUUCAAAUAGCGAAGGGAAAAAUUGACGUAGUAUGUCCACGUCCUCCAUAAAACGUCGCAUUGGGAGUUUUCACGUCGUAGUCGUGCAGUGGACGUCUAAGCAAUAUACUAAAAAGCGUGAUGCACGUGCAGAGCAGUUGUUUUGCUCAUAAAACCAACUGUUAUUGACGUUGUUGUUGUUCGUCGUCGUCGUCGUUGUUUAAGAUCCCUAAUCUAUAACAGUUGUUAGAUUCGGUUUUUGUGAUAUCCGGAAUAAUAAUCAAGGUCGAGGUAGGUAAGUGUUAUAUGCCGAGGCCGAAUAUUGUUGUUUCCCAUCAGGCUUUAGUGGAUGAGUUGGAGCAGCGCAUCAGUCAGUGUCAUACCAAAGGCAUGGCGGACGAGGAGGACUAUGAACGAGCAUCCAAAGCUUUAGGAGCGGCGACUGGCGCUAACAAGGCUAAAAGAAGCGUCAACACUCCUGCAGGUAAAUACUCUCAACAUAGCUAAUUUAUAGUUGAAUGUACAGUAACAUAACCUUUUUAUUGAAAACGAGGCUGGUUCUAUUUGUAUGCAUAAGAACAUCCUAAAUAUUUGCAAAGACAUUCACCGAGGCAAACGAGAGAAUUUUGCAAAGGCCAAGAAAAGACCUUGAAAUCUAAGGUUGCUACUUUCACUAUGGAAUGUUUAGAGUAUUACCAAUACCCCGUAAAAAUCUCACUAGUUAAAACAAAAAGCGCCCUAGACGUUUUAUGGCGAUGUAGCAAGGCCAUAUUUCUAUCAAAACAAGGUUCAAGUAUUUCCAGCCCCUGUUCCUCGCAAGACCAGAAUACUCUGCGCACAACUGUAAAAUGACCGAUUUCUCGAAAGUUAAAAUUUCACUUUGUUUGCCUAACAAAUGGGUUAACUCAAGGCUGUAUAUUAAAUCGCCGAUGUACAGGGAUCCUUGUGUUCACUGAGGCCACGUCCACUCGAUUCCUGAUAUUUUUAAAACUGCAUUUUUUUUUACACGAAUAGACACGAAACCAGUGAAUCCGUUCACUGAAACUGCAUAUUUUUAAAACCGCUCUCUGACAGAGUGGUUUAAGGCCCUGUUCACACUAAUUAGGGGAACAAGAUAUGCGGUUUCAAAAAUGUCUGGAUACGUGUGGACCGGGCCUAAAAUCGACGUCAUUUGGGUGCCGUCUCGGGUAUAUGUAACAGAACCAAAAUUAACCGAAAUUCUCGGGUUAAAGGUGAUGUUACACGGGCCGAUUUUUAUUUUUUUUCAUUUUUAGCGCAGCAAAGCAUUACAACAUUUUUGCGACAUUGUUUCGAAUGGCUGCAACAUUGCUCCAACAUUUGUACGCUGUGUUGCGCUCAAUAUCGUGGUUACGAAUCGCCGAUUCCUAACGACGACGGUCUCCUGUGACAUCACCUUAACGCUCACUCUGAAUCCCUUUAGCAACCAUUGAAAAGUGGUUUCCACAUAAUACAAUUGCUGGCCUAUUAUUCACUGAUUUUUGCGAUCAAAUGGAAGACAGCCUAUAUUUUUAUAUAUUUUUUUAGCCCUCUAUGUAACUUUGUAUGGUAAUAUUUAUCUAUGCUCAAAGAAAGGAACUAACACGUUAGUUAUUUACCGGAAAGUAAGCACACUUGCUGCCUGUAUAAUAAUCGAGAAUUUCAGUACGACUCGAAAGAUAUCCUAAUGCAGAGAGCAAAUGCAUUUAUUAGAGAAUGAAAAAUCAAUCCGGUCGCUACCGAAACCUGUUAGACAAGGAAAUUCAAAAAUACUCCUAGCAGUUAUUUAGAUCGCCAGACGUCAACAAUUUAGGUCACGUGGCUUUUUCAAACCAAAAUGGUUAACUCACGUGAUCACAUUCCUUUCCCAUGGCAUAUUUCGUUGUUCGCGCAUCAGAAGCGCUAGAAGGCUGCAACUAGAAGACGUUUCAUCGCUUGACUUUCCGCCGACAAAAAUUCGUCCUGUUUGGUUGACAGAGAACGCCAUUAUCUGACUUGGCCUUUGGAACGUGACUUUACCUUUUUGGUUUGACGAUUGUCGAACAAAGCCGCGUUAACGUUUGGCGAAAAAGAUAAUUGUCCUGUUUAGUUUUGAAUUCUCGGUCUACCUUUUUCGGUGCUGUUUUUGAAUAAGUUCCAUCAGCCAGACUUUACUUUGUAGGAAGAGGAAACCGAGCUCAGAAAGGUCGAACACCGGCGACAAAGAAAAAGCGACAGAAGAAAACAGUGGAAGAUAGCGACGACGAACCUAGUCCCAUGCCCCUCAGAACGCCGCGCAACGCACCUAGACCGCCGAAGCCUACUAAAGCAAAAUCGACCAAUCAAAAGGGUCGAAAGAUGCCUGUUUUUGAAAGUGACGACGAAGAUAGCAUCGAGUUAUUUGACUUGGAUGAAGAGGAAGAAAACUGCACUGAACUGGACUCCGAAGCUGAUGAAAAUGUUAAUCCAAAUGCGUCAAACAAACAUAAUUCCAAUGGGGGUAAAUCGCGUGGUGUGGAAUCACAGAGCACAAGGAAGUCAAGAAGACGGCGAUUGAGCAGUACAUGA